AUGCCAAAGCAGCAGCAUGAUCAUCAUCCAGGAGGUCGUCGGUCCCACAAAAAGUCGAGAAAUGGCUGUGCCGGGUGCAAACGGCGGCACGUCAAAUGCGACGAGACCCGCCCAGAAUGCCGAAACUGCGUCAUGAGCGAUCGGGUCUGUUCGUUUCUCAAGACCGAUACAUACGAAGACAAACUACCGUCAGGGACAGUCAAAAGCCCCACUCCUCCGAGCAGUGCGAGCGAGCCACCGACAUUCACUGUGGCGCACAUGGCCCUUCUCCAUCACGCUGAGUCUCACAUGGCUGAAUUCAUGGCCUUGAAGGGCGAUGUACGGCCUUUGAUCAACACCGCCAUCGAACAUGCGUUUACUGCCCCUUAUUUAUUGAACGAACUUCUUGCGCUGUCUGCGCUCCAUCUAUCUACGCGAGGUGUUGCUCAGGCAAGCCUCUUCAAUCAUCAAGCCACCGAGCUCCAAACGCGAUCUUUGGAAUUGUUCGCUGAAGCCAAGGGCGAUAUUUCGGAGACUACCUACAUGCCCACGUUCAUUUUCGCUUCACUUCUGGGCAUACACGUCCUUUAUGAGACCCUGAAAACGGAAUACGGAACACUGGCAGACUUUGUGAAAAGCUUCGUUAGGUACUGUCGUCUUCAUCGCGGUGUCCGAGCCGUGACGGGUCAAUAUUGGCCAGAGAUUCUGCGAUCGGAUUUGAAGCCUUUGUUGUACAUUGCAACCCUAUCGCAGCGGAUAGAGUCACAAACACCAGGCACAGAAACGAGCCAUUUGAAAGAGUUUCUCACGGGGAUGACAACAUCAUCAUCAGCCACAGAAGCUUGUCUAGGUGCACUUGGAGGUGUGCAGUGGGUUUUGGACAUGGCUCAACAGGAGCCGGCAAGAUUCGAUGUUGGUGUUCACGCUGUUAUGGCAUGGCCCCUGUACGUUACGGACGAGUAUGUUGAGGCCCUUCAUCAGCACCAACCAGAAGCUCUUGUUGUACUGGCAUUUUAUGCUGCCACAUUGCACAGGUAUCGACAAUACUGGGCGUUUGGUAGUUCCGGGUCCUCCGUCGUUCAUCUAGUUGCCAGCAGCAUUGGGUCAUUCUGGCAGGAUGCACUAAGGUGGCCUUUGCAAGUUUUGAUAGAAUCCUAG